GAAUGUACUGUUACCUCCGCCGCGCCAGCAGUGUGCGGGGCGGGGCGGCGUAAGGCGGAUGGCUUUUCUCCUCGAACUACAGUCGCCACCCAGCCAUGGCAUCUGCCGCAUUGCUGUUGCUGCUGCUGCUGCUACUAGUGCUUCUUUUCUUGCUGUCACCUAGCGGCGUGAGGGGCGACUUGGUGCUCAGCGGCGGCCUUGCGGCAUCAUCCUUCAGAGUAGGUGCCCCACUUAAAAGGCGAAGCUCAAAGACACUGGCUGAUGUCCCCGGUGCGUCGCAUGUCCACAUGGGCAACAGCCCCGGCCUGCAUUCCCUGCUGGAGGUGGGUAAUAUGGUGAGAUGUGCUGACGACAAGAGGUGUUGGGGCCGCAACCUGAGGCUGCCUCAGUCACGGAUUGCCGGGUUUGGUUCAUUCGACACGUGGCUGGACGCCUUCAUGUACACCCUCAAGCGUGACACUAUAUUCAACGUGGCCAAGAUCGGCGGCAUUCUCCUGCUGCAUUACCUGGCCCCGGGGGUGCUCACCUGGUUCAGCAACAGUUUUGGCUGAGUGCCUCGCCUCGCACCGCUCACAUGUGGAGGAGCAAGCCGAAGAGGGGAUGGAUGACUUCGAUAAAAAAAAAUAUACUAUUGUACAUACAUAAACAAACCUACACAAAGGCUGUCCGCUGUGUAACAACAUUAGGUGAAACAUGUAUAUAUACUAAGUUCCAGCAACACACGUGUACAGUUCUAUCAGCAACAUUACGCAUAUCGUGCAUAUCCUCAAGGCAUUAUUCACCUUAAUAUUUCACUGUAGAUAUCCAUACGUUUCCUUCAUGUACUUCUAUAGCAUACAUUUUAUAAGUAUUAAAAGAAACUACA